UUACGCGGCUGAUUGAAUUGGCUGGUUGGCAGCCCGACGCUGUUGGCUCGCUCGCUUCCUAAUAGCGCGUCAGUCCGAAUAAAUUCCUUCCAAAAUGCCGUCGCACAAGACCUUCCGUACCAAGCGCAUCCUCGCCAAGAAGGCCAAGCAGAACCGCCCGAUCCCGCAGUGGAUUCGUCUGCGCACUGACAACACGAUCAAGUACAACGCCAAGCGUCGCCACUGGCGCCGCACCAAGCUCGGCCUGUAAGCGGCAGGGGCUCGGAUUGGACAGUUUUACAGUUGGACGAGGUCUCUCUGGACCCUGGUGUGCGAUUUCGUGCUGGCGUAACUGCUUGACUUGCUGGACUGUAAAAGGACCAUCAUUCUAGCAGCGGAUAAAACCAGAACGAAUUCUAUUGAGAAGGACGACAAACUUCCCAGACUCGACUUUAGGUUGUCUACCAUUUGGAGUGCAGGUGCAGGAGUGAUGAUCAUUCAGAUUUUUUUUCUUAACAGUAUCAGGUCCAGCGAGUGCAAAUAAUUGCUGAGUCCGGC